GCCUCACCUCUCCUGUCGCAUCUCGCAAAUCCGCAAGCCGAGGUGUCCGAACUCCGGACCCUCCAGGAGUCCACAGAUCCGGCCUUGAUUUGCUGGGCGGCAGCAGGCCUGGAAUGUCAGGCGGCCGACAACGCAGAGUCGCUGUCGAGGGAUGCGGUGCAUAUCCUUUGCAGAUGCUUUGCAACCAUCGGAGGCAACGGCGGCCUGACCGACGCUUGGCGCGAGGCCGCGGCACCCAUGCUGGCGGCGCUGGGCCACCUCUUGCGAAGCAGAGAAGGUGAUCGGCAGCGCCUACGAGAUGCCUUGGUCACGGAGGCAUCCUCUGGGGUGCCCUGCUGGCUGCAAAAGUUCCGCGAAUUGCUCGAAUUUCCUGCUCCAUUUGGUGCUGCGGAGGCGGCCGCUUGCGAGGUUCUGGAGCUCCUUUGCCGGGGCGACGAGGAGCUCACAACACUCCUGCACCGUCAACGCCUUCUAACCGUGGUGAGCCAGCGGCUUCUAGCGACCUCCAGCGAGGAGGCAGCUGCAGCUCCUGGUUGGCGGCAUUUCGCUGCUUUCGGG